AGCAGCUGAAGGUGAUGCUGAUGAAACAGAUGCACUACAUGGAGGUGAUGCAGCCCAACAAGAAGAUCUACAGAACAAUGAUCAUGAUGAUGAGGAGUUGCCUGAUAUUGUGCAUGAUGAUGCAGAUGAUGAGGAUAGUGGGGAAGGUUAUGUGACACAAAAUUCACAACCAGCCCCAAAUUUUCAUGAAGCUCCAGAAACAGCAACUGAAGAUGAUGAGGAGGUGCUUGAAUCUAUUCGCAAUAAAAAGAAACAUAAAGCCAGUGCAAGUGCAAGUGCAAGAAAAAAUGCAGAUGGUGCUGGACCAAGCGGCACAGUCCAUGACUCCCCUACCACAAUUAAUGAAGAGGGUGAAAGGAUUCCUAUAGGAACUAAUGACCAUGGAGAUUUGGGUUCUGAUUCUAGCUUUGAAAAUAGUGAAGAUGAAUUUGAGGUAGGGAUGAGGUUUGAGCAUGUAGCACAGUUUAAGGAGGCUAUAGCUAAAUACCAAAUUCAAAAAGGCUUAAAGGAAAGGAUUAUGAAGGAGGUGAAGGAAACUCACAUGAAGGAAUUUGCUCAGUUAAGAGGGUAUGCAGAAGAGUUGUUGAGAUUGUCCCCUCAAUCAAAUGUUCAAAUUGACAGUGAGCCACCCACAACUCCAGAGGGAAAACCUAUGUUUAAAGGAAUCUAUGUGUGUCUAGAAGGAUGUAGGAAGGGUUUUCUACUGGGCUGUAGACCAGUAAUUGGAGUAGAUGCCUGUUUCCUCAAGGGGAUGUUCAAAGGAACUAUUUUGGCAGCUGUUGCAAGGGAUGGGAACAAUCAAAUGUUCCCAAUAGCUUGGGCUGUUGUUGACUCAGAGUCUACCAGCUCAUGGAUGUUUUUUUUUAGAUGUCUAGCUGAUGAUCUAUCAAAUCACACUGGGCGAGAUUUAACGUUCAUUUCGGACCAACAUCCUGGGUUGAUUAAUGCAAGACAAACAGUUUUCCCCGAGGCUAGGCAUAGAUUGUCAAUUCAACAAAAACAUGGAGGAGAUCAGAAAUUUAUCCGUGGAAGGUCAUGAUGCCUUAAAAUCAAUCCCACCAGAGCUG